GUCAACAUGCACCUCCCUUCUGCGCUCUGGUUGACGGGGGUCCUCUCGGUGCCCGUGUUGGCUUUGAAUGUCUCUUCAUGGGGACAAAAGGCCAUCGACUCCGGUGUGGUUCUCAAGGAGCUCAACGCAUUAGCUUCUAGGAAUGCCUACCAAAGGUUCAAUGGCAAAUGCAACAGGAAGAAUGUCAAGGUCAGAAAGGAAUGGCGCAACCUUUCCAAGUCCGAGAGACGCGACUACAUCAAGGCAUUCAAGUGUCUCUUGGAGAGUCCCAGUAUCCUUCCAGCAGGUGAAGCUCCCGGCGCCGUCUCUGCUUUUGACGACUUUAUCUACCUUCACUUGAACGUGACGCCUUAUAUCCAUUUCUCGGGUCUCUUUCUUCCCUGGCACCGUUACUACAUUCAUGGUUUCGAGCAAGGUCUUCAAAAGUGUGGCUACAAAGGCGCCCUUGCUUAUUGGAACCACGGUCUCGAUGUCGCCAAUCUCCUCGCCUCCCCCAUCUUUGACGGUUCGGACACCUCGCUCGGUGGCAACGGCGAUCCGGUCCCCCACGGGGACUCGGGCUUCAUCUUUCCCGGUUUCACCCAAGUGAACAUUCUUCCCGCAGGGCCCAACGGGCGGGGUGGCGGCUGUGUGACGACGGGUCCGAUCGCCGGCAUGCAGACGCACCUCGGGCCCGUCGGGCUGCCCAAAUACGGAGAACCGGGCAACCUGACGGUGGCAGCGAACGUUCUGGCUGACAACAGGCGGUGUCUGAAGCGGGAUUUGAGCGAAGAGUUGGGGAGGAAGUUUGCUACCUUGAGGAACACGACGGAGCUCAUUCUGCAGACCAAGAAUAUUUUCGAGUUCCAGACUACGCUGGAGGGCGACCCUCGCUACCACCCAGGAAACCUGGGCAUUCACACGGCCGGGCACUUUAUGAUCGGUGGUGAUCCCGGAGCCGACAUGUACAUCUCCCCCGGGGACCCGGUCUUCUGGCUUCAUCACGGGCAGAUCGAUCGUCUCUGGUGGAUCUGGCAAAACUUGGACUUUGAGAACCGACAGGGCCUCUGGGGCACGCACACACUCCUGAACCAACCCCCCAGCGCCAACGUUACGACGAAUGAGACCAUUGCCAUCGGUCCAACAAUGCCUGAUGUGCAAAUAAAGAAGCUGAUGGAUACUGUCAGCGACGACCAUUUCUGUUAUGUAUAUGAAUGAGAGUGUCGGACGAUGGAGGCACUGGGAGGAUGGAGAGGCUUAGACACCACUCAAUAUCAUUCAUUGUACGUACCAGUAUUUUCCAACUAUGUCGU